CGUGUGGUACCCCGCGGAAGUUGGUUUGCAGAUUGCCAACGGCGGGAUGUUGUCGGUUGCCUGAAAGUGUGAAACACGGAAACAUUUUGCAGAAUUUCUCUCGCGCUGCUCUUGAUUCUGUUGCAGAAACAGAAGAACGUGAGACGGGGCAGGAUGCUGAAGUGUGGCAUGCUGGAGCGGGACCGUCAGGCUCUCCGGAGGCGAUCUGCGGUCCUCUGCAAACAGCUGGUGGUCGACGCACUGCUCAUUCAGUCACUGCAGGCAGAUGACAUCCUGACGGAGAGCAUGGCAGAGAGCAUCAUGGCAGAGCAAACCUCUCAGAAGCGAUGCUGGCGUUUGCUUCUCCUCCUGCCAAAGCGUGGACCCAGAGCUUUUAGUAGCUUCUGCUCAGCCCUGCAAGAAACUGAGCAGCAGCACCUGUGCGACCUGCUCACGCAGCCACCAGAGACAGAUGGCAAAGAGAGACACGUAGAAAUUAUUCAGCCUGAGGAAGAGCCAGAGGGAAAGUCAGAGCGAGAGGUCAUGAAGAGAGCAGAAACAAAGAGAGAGAGAUUUGUGAAUUCUUUGCCUCCGCUUUCAACUCAGGAGGAAAUUGCAGCCAAGAGAGCAAGGACACAGGAGUCCAUGGAGUUUAGUCUCGACGCUGACAGUCCCAUCACCACUCCCGUUCUCGCAUGCACUUCUGACUUUUACCUCUCGCGUUUCCAGCAGUCAUACAGAAUGAGAUCAACUCCUCGUGGCUUUGCCUUGGUCAUCAGCAAUGUGACGUUUGACUCUCAUGCUGUCCCUGAGCUUGACACAAGAAAAGGAGGGGAAGUCGACGAUGAGGUCCUCAGGAAGGUCUUCACAGAGCUGGACUACUGUGUGACUGUUCACAGAGACCUCACCGCUCAGGGCAUGAGAACAUGCAUUGAGAAUUUUUGCAGGCGGUCAGACCACCGGACAGUGGACAGCUGCGCAGUGUGUCUGCUCUCUCACGGCACUGAGGGAGCUGUGUACGGCACAGACGGACAGCUCCUGCAGCUGGACUGGGUGUUUGAAGCCUUCGACAAUGUGCACUGUCCGCUGUUACAAAACAAACCCAAGAUGUUCUUCAUCCAGGCCUGCAGAGGAGAUGAGAUGGACUGUGGCGUGGAGCAGAUCGAUGGUCCGGCGCGGACCUGCUCGCCGAGCUGUGAGCAGCGGGAUGCUGGGAGAGAGGGACAGGGCGACGCAGACCCCAGGCAGAGGGACGACUCAGGACGGCCCCGGAUCAAACUGCCCCAGCGCUCGGACAUGAUCUGUGGCUUCGCGUCUCUCAAAGGCACAGCAGCCAUGCGAAACACCAAGAGAGGAUCCUGGUUCAUCCAGGAACUCAACACAGCACUCCGCCUCAACGCCAGAGACACACACCUCGCAGACAUCCUGGUGCAGGUCAACGGUCGCAUCAAAGAGAGGGAGGGCUACGCGCCGGGCACGGCUCACCACCGCUGCAAAGAGAUGUCAGAGUUCACCAGCUCACUGUGCAAAGAUCUCUACCUUUUCCCCAAAUACCAGCCUCAGUAUUGACAAGUAUGCACAUUUAAAUAAACACACAAAUCAUUCCUUGCAUUGCAGCUUUGAGAUAAUGACAAUUUCCCCGAGACAUUUACUGCCACACACAGACAUACACACACACACUCACACAUUCCCUUGUUACAGCUUCCCAAACAGGAUCUGUCCAUUCAAACUGCAGACAUACACACUUGUCUGCACUCAGACGUGGGGAGAAGGAAAAGCUUCUGUUGAUGUUCCUGGACAUGUCGAUGUAUUAUCAUGUUCUGUCUGUAUUCGUGCCAGUUAGAGGGUGUACAUUUUACUAGUUUUUAGUCAAACUGCUACUCAAAAGGUUUCACAAGUCUCUCUUUUUAAAAGCUAUUUUAUAUACAGAUCUAUUUUUGUGGCUUUGUUUUCUAAGAAACUUUUUUUUUUUUUUUUUUUUAAAUAAGAUUUUUAAGCCGUUUUGUUUAUCUGAAUGUGGCCUUCGUCCUUGUUUUUAUGGUAGUAACAGGCAGGGGGCAGCGCAGCAGAGACCAAUGCAUUGAAUCAACAGCCGCACAUCCAAAUGAUUGUUAUCGUCCUGAUUUACACACCGCUAUGGCAUUAGUCGCAGAAAGCUUUCUAUUUUUGAUGAAGUGUGUUUUCUCCUCACAUUGUUCGUCUCAUGUGAGGAAAAUGCGUUCAGGGCAGCUUCGUGAUGAAACCUGAAGAAGAUCAUGCAGCCGUUCAGCCCUGAACUUUUGUACAGUGGUGCUAUACUUGUGGGCUCGUCACCCACAACAUAAACUCUGACCUUCACACUAGCUCAUAGUGUUUGUUUCCCGUGUGCGUGCUGCACAUUCAGUUAGCCUCUGUGUGGUAUUUUAUAGUAAGGGGGGGGAAAGACGUCUUCCAUGAGCAGUAUGCAGCCUGUGCCAUGUGAGGAGGAUCUCGCGGAUAAACUCAUGACCAUGGCGAAGCGUUCAUGGCCGGAGCAUUUCUCCUUAAAGCCACGUGAGCAUGUUUGCUCCUGAAAAGCCCAAACUGAGAGAAGUUACAGUGUUGUAGUGAAGAAGAGAAAAAGGAGUGUAUCGUGGAAACAGUGUUCGUCAACAGAUUUUAAAGAUGGUGGAGCGUCCUCAUUCACGUUUUCUGUGACUAAGGAGCGGAAUGUGAGCAUGAAACGAAAACAAAGUAGUAGCUUCCCUGCAGUGUGAGAACAUGUUAUUGAUAUUUUGCUGCCAGGCUCUGCUAUAAGGUGCUGUGUGGAGAGGUGGCUGCUGGGAGAAAUAUUCCUCUCAUCGCCUUUCACUGCCAAAUGUGCUGUACAAUAAACAGGCUUU